AUGCCUCUAAGAACUUCCGUUACCGCCUUGAGAUCCGUUGCUCCCCUCCGUCAAUCUCCCACCGCCGCAGCCUCAACCUUCCGCCACUUCACCUCCGCCGGCUAUCCUUCCAACAGCUUUCAGUUAACUCCGCCGGUUAACUGGGGAGUACUAAUCGUACCGAAGAAGAAAGCGUAUGUGAUUGAGCGAUUCGGAAAAUUCGCCAAGACAUUGCCGUCGGGGAUUCAUUUCCUGAUUCCGUUCGUUGAUCGGAUUGCUUAUGUUCAUUCUCUCAAGGAAGAAGCGAUUCCGAUCCCUAAUCAGACUGCGAUUACUAAAGAUAACGUUAGUAUCCAUAUCGAUGGCGUUCUCUAUGUCAAGAUAGUGGAUCCUAAGUUAGCUUCUUAUGGAGUUGAGAGUCCUAUCUAUGCUGUUGUGCAGCUGGCUCAGACUACUAUGCGUAGUGAGCUUGGUAAGAUCACUCUUGAUAAGACCUUUGAGGAAAGAGAUACUCUCAACGAGAAGAUUGUGGAAGCCAUCAAUGUUGCUGCAAGAGACUGGGGUCUUCAGUGUCUUCGUUAUGAGAUAAGGGAUAUUAUACCCCCUCAUGGAGUGAGAGUUUCUAUGGAGAUGCAAGCUGAAGCUGAACGUAAAAAGAGAGCCCAGAUUCUUGAGUCUGAAGGAGAAAGGCAAGCUCAUAUCAAUAUUGCUGAUGGUAAGAAAAGUUCUGUAAUCUUGGCAUCUGAAGCUGCAAAGAUGGAUCAAGUUAAUCGAGCACAGGGUGAGGCUGAAGCAAUACUCGCUAGAGCACAAGCAACUGCUAGAGGCCUUACCAUGUUAUCUCAGUCUCUCAAAGAAACUGGGGUAGUAGAGGUGAGUUUUAACAAACCUAGCCUCAGUCCUGCAACCGGAUCCUAUCGAGCAACCGAUCAUUCCUACAAAAUGAGUAUCGUCAAUA